AUGUCUAAAACUCUUGUAUUCUUCUUCCACGAAAGAUUUGAAAGCUCUCAAGCCAAUCGUUCCAUGAUAAAGGCCUUGUCAACUCUUGACAAUAUUGAAAUUGUAAACAUGCAUCAAAUAUUUACUGAAAAUGGUAACAAGUUUGAUUCCAAUUCAGAUAUUCAAAGACUUUUGAAUGCAGACAGAAUUAUCUUUCAAUUUCCAAUCCAAUGGUACUCAAUGCCAGCUUUUAUGAAACAAUGGAUUGAUGAAACCUUUACUAGAAUGUACUAUAUUCGAUAUGGAGAGGAAGGAUUGAAAAUGGAGGGAAAGAAAUUUAUGAUAUCUGUUACUGCUGGUAAUUUUGAGGAGGCAUACACUCCACAAGGUCAGAAUUUGAUUCCACUCGAUGACUUGUUGAAUCCAUUGAAAGCUCUCGCUCACAGAUGUAAAUUACAAUGGAGUGAACCAUUCAUUUCCUAUCGUGCCAAUAAGAAAUCAGUUGAAGAAUUGGAAGAAACUGCCGAACAAUAUCGUCAAUUUGUUUCCAAAUGGAUGGAAAAGUAUUAA